AUGCCGCCGUCAAGUUCAAACGCAUUUGAGGUUCUGCAAGAAGAGCAAAGCUCAAUAGAGGAUACAGAGCAGGGUGAUGAGGAUGCAAAGAUAGUAAGAGCCCGGGGUGACAACAUAAGGGCAGCAACUGAGUUGCCAACGUCGGACGAUGGCGUCAAGGUGACAAAGAAAAAAAAGAAAAAAAAGAAGCAAUCAAAGGACAACGCUGAUGACGAAGAGCAAGUCGCAGAACUUGUUGAAAGAAUUGAAAGUGCGAUCCCCGCUGCACCAACAAAUCAGUGCGCCCUGCCAAAGUGCCAGGCAAAGACAGGUGUACUUGGAGUAGUUUGCGACUUUUGCAAGCGCAAGUUUUGCAUGGCACAUCGGCAUCCAGAGAGCCAUUCGUCUCGUUGUGCAGAACUCAAACAGAAUGCAGAGCGUGUUACUCAUCGGCGAGAUGCAUCACUCAUCAUUGAAGCCAACAAGCGCGAUCCUGGUGUUGCGAACAGGGUGGGUGGCAUCCAAAAGGAACGUCAGGAUGCAAAAAGGAGACUGCAGGAGAGAAUUGAGCGUGCAACGUUAGAUAGGAAAGCAAAGGACAAAGGGAAGAAAUAAGGACGCUGAACGCUUUCAGAGUAGCCUUCUUUUAUCCUACGAAACUGUAGAUAUGAUAUUACGUAAGCACAAUGUAGUGAGCAAUCUUCCAUGUUCUCGGGUCCAUCUCGUUUGUCUCUUUAAACACUUGCCCCACGUGAGC